AUGAUAAACGUAAAUGAUCCGCGCGAGUACUUGAUUCUCGAUGUCGACUAUGGGGGAAGCAUUCCGGAGAUUGUCAACGGCAUUGAGAGACGGUACACGAAGACGAUGCCUUUCCUCACGUCAAUCGACAUCUCCCGAAACAGGCUGCACGGGCAAAUACCCGAAACAUUUCACCUCAACUUGUCGUAUAACAACUUGACGGGCCGAAUACCGACCGGGAGCCAGCUGGCGACUGUUGGCCCAUCUGCUUACGAAGGCAACGAGGGGCUGUGUGGGGAGCCACUCGCGAGGAGGUGCCCCGGCGGACUAACCGGUGAGGAUGUUGCGGGCACGGAAAAGGAUGAUGGUGAUUCGUUGUUUCCGUGGUUUUACGCAGGGAUUGGGCCAGGCUUCUUGGUGGGCUUCAUUGUGGUUUGUGCGGUUUUGAGUUUUGUCAGGUCUUUCAG